CGAGCUGGAGUCAUGGCUGCUUACAUUGUUUUAGGCUAGUUAGCCUUUCGUUGUAUAUUAAUUUGAAUAAUACUGGAACCAAUACCUCGAACAUUCUGCACUUAGUUAUUAUAUCGUUAACCAUUUGCCGACCCACAACAACCAGCUCGUUAUGUCAAAGGGUUUUUGUACCUCAUUAUUUUGCUAUUAGCUAUACAGAACUGUUGGCUAGCCUAGCCAGCAAACGAUAGCCGAUUCAGGUAACGUUCGCUGGCUGAUUUGCCGGCCGAAGAUUGCGCAUUAUUGUAUUGCUAUUCCUUUUAUCAACACAUUAUUGCAAAGUCAGGGGCUUCUAUUAAUAAUUUUGAGUCUCAAUGCCCGAGCAAGGCCCUAGGAUGAAUGGUUUCUCCCUCGGCGAACUAUGCUGGCUGUUCUGCUGCCCGCCCUGUCCAAGUCGUAUUGCAGCUAAGUUAGCAUUUCUCCCACCGGAGCCCACAUACUCCGUGCACACUGAUGCAAAUGGGACGACAAGCCUUCAUUUAACCGAACGUGCUGAUUGGCAAUAUUCCCAACGUGAAUUGGAUGCAGUCGAGGUAUUCAACACCCGGACGAGUAGAGGAAACCGGGUUGGAUGCAUGUUCGUCCGAUGUGCUCCAAACAGUCGGUAUACUUUACUGUUUUCCCACGGCAACGCGGUUGACCUGGGUCAGAUGUGCAGCUUCUACAUUGGCCUCGGCUCGAGAAUCAACUGUAAUGUAUUCUCCUACGAUUACUCUGGUUAUGGCGUGAGCAGUGGGAAACCAUCAGAGAAGAAUCUUUAUGCCGAUAUCGAAGCGGCCUGGCAAGUUCUCAGGAACAAGUAUGGAGUGACGCCAGAGAACAUCAUCCUUUACGGCCAGAGCAUUGGCACGGUGCCCACGGUGGACCUGGCGUCCCGUUAUGAAUGUGCUGCCGUCAUCCUGCACUCCCCGCUCAUGUCCGGCCUGCGCGUUGCCUUCCCUGACACCCGCAAGACUUACUGCUUUGAUGCCUUCCCCAGUAUUGACAAGGUGUCCAAGGUGGCAUCUCCUGUGCUGGUCAUUCACGGCACGGAGGACGAGGUCAUCGACUUCUCACACGGCCUGGCCAUUUACGAGCGCUGCCCUCGCGCCGUGGAGCCUCUGUGGGUGGAGGGAGCUGGCCACAACGACAUUGAGCUCUACGCUCAAUACCUGGAGCGACUCAAACAGUUCAUCUCCUUUGAGCUGCCUGCCUCCUGAAGACCCCCGCUGCCAUCCACCGCCCCUGCACCAACACACACCUAUAACCCCCACACACACACACACACACACUCUCACCUCCCCCUCCCCCUCCCCCAGCCCAUGUUCAGUCAGUAGACCCUAACGCACAUAUUUGAUCUGGUCCUCCGUGAAAAGGGGGUUGGAGGAUCUGAUCGGUAUUUUGCACUUGCUACCGAAAGCUGAACAUUUUCCCAGCCUCUUGAAGAUAUGAUCAUUGAUUGCCCAUUUUGUCUGUGUUGGGGUUGGGGAGGAGAGGAAAAUACAUUUUAAAUAAUUUUGAA